AUGGUAUCGCAACAAUCGAAAGAUUUUUUGCCUAUAAAAGCAGCAUCAUGUCAAAAAUAUGUUCAUUGUGCAUCAGAUAUUCAACAGGAAAAGUCGAAAGAAAAAGUGAAAAAGAGUGUAAAAACAAAAAAUCUAAACCUUCAGUUUUCAUUGACAAUUGUGAUUUCAGUUCAAUGCAGUGAUUUGAAUUUCCAAGCAAGUAUAACUCGAACUAAAUUCGGAUGUCUUGAAGUUGAUAAGCCAGUGCAAUAUGCUGGAUUUGAAUGCUAA